UUUUGCAUUGCGCCACCAGAGGGCGCUGUUGUCUUGUGGCAGCAACAGCAGAUUGCCAUUAAACCAACGAAGAAGAAACCAACAGCUUUUAGCUUAGCUUGCUACAAAAAUGAAGCGAUGUUUUUUAUUAAAAUACAUUUAACACAUAAUUUUCACAGACGCUCAUGACUUUGGGUCAAGUAUUUGUUCCACCUUUUUCACCCAGUGGGUAACCACAAAAAGGCAGCCAUGAACUUCCAGGGCGGUCGCAGGAGAGGUGAAGAAGGCAUCGCCGUGGUUCUUGAUUUCCUGCUGUCCAACGCCCGACUGGUUCUUGGAGUUGGAGGGGCGGCCUUGUUGGGCAUUGCUACACUGGCAGUGAAACGAUUCAUAGAGCGCGCCGGCCGUGCAGCAGAAGAUGAAAAAGUGGAGCAGAAGAUGGCCGAGAGCUGGGAGGAGCUGAGUAGGGUCUCUGCUUCCCCAACCAUGAUUAGGAAGGGCAUUGAGGGUGUGGUGCUGAAGCAUGUUGCCAAGGCAACCAGGCAGCAGAAAGCUGAUCUCUGCCAAAAACCAGAGGUGUCGUCUCCUGAAGUGGAGCCUAAACCAGAAUCAAAACCUAACAGAAUUCAGCUGUGUGUGCUCAGUUUGCAGGAGCGUCUACAGCAGUACUGCAGCACGAGGGCGGUCCUUCCUCCACAGGAAGUCCAGAGAGCCCAGUCUCUGGCUCUGGACAUCUGCACGGAGAUCCAGGGCUUUCUUCACAGCCGUCAUCCAGACAUGCCUUUGGGAGAAAUGAGCCUGGGCGGUUCUCUGCUGGAUGACCUUCAGGUGGUCAGCGCAGACCACGCGUGUCUGCUGGUUCCCCUACAGCUGGAAGGCUCUCUGUGGCGCCUCAUCCCGGGGGAAGAGACUCUCCUCACACACCCUCUGCACUGGAUGGUCCGACGGCUAAAUUUGGAAUAUUUUCCUAGAGGACGCAGUUACUGGGACAGAUACCUAGUGGGGGGUUACCUGUCUGCAGAAGCAGUGGUGAACAUGUUCAGCAAGGCGGUCAUGGAGACGGUGAACUGGCCGGUAAUCAGCAGCACUUUGGACUGUCUCGUCAGACCUGUUCUUGGAGGACCAGAUCUGAGGCUGGAGAUCCGGCCUGGAAGUGAAAAAGCGGCUGAAAGCUGCGAUCAGCCCCUGUUCAUUUCGGUGUUGCCCAUCCUGAGGGAGGAGGACGUGGUCCUGACAGCUCAGCCCGAGCUCACCUCUCCCUGGGUGAAUGCCUGGCAUCUUUCCCUUUACCCCUGGGAGACUCAGCGUCUAGUUCAGCUGGACACCGCUGACGACGGCUGCCGCAGACAAACUGUUAAAAUCCUGAAGGCCGUGUGCCGACUGAACCCUGCACUGCGAGCGCUGGAGGCCGCCCCGCUGACCAACCUCGUCCUGCACCUAAGUGACAGUGAGAGCGACUGGUCCCAGGACGGCCUCCACGUGCGCUUCCAGCAGUGCAUUACAGAGCUGAUCGGCUACCUCGAGCAAGGCGUGUUGCACAGUUACUUCAAACCAGCCGUCAACCUCCUGAGCAACUUGUCAGAGGACCAGGUGGACCAGAUGGGAUUCAUGCUCUAUUGUGCCAUAUCAGAGCCUGAAAUAUUGCUCAUAUAAACCUUUGCACACUUCAGCUACUCCCAUGGAAAGUAGAAAGCAGUUUCCUGAUUGUUAAACAAAACCAGAAGAGAUGUGCCAAGAAACAGAAUGAUGGAAAAGUUCAACAAAACAAUAUGACAUUUAUUUAAUUUUUAUGAAAAUCUUUCAUAAAAAAAUAAUUACAUGCAUUUUAAUAAAUUGGUUAUCACGAGGAGAGUGCAAUUUUUAUUUAAGUGCAUUUAUUCUUUUUUUCUGAGUUCUCUGUAUUGUUUGUGUUUUCUUAAGUUUGUUGAAUAUUCCUCCUUUAGAAAAACAGAAUCCACAUUUUUCAAACCUGGUUAUCUAUGUUUUUGUACACACAGAAAAAUCAAUUUAAACGCGUGGGACUUUCAUCAGCAUUUAAUGUAUAUUUCCUCAUUAUUUAAUGGUGUUCGUCUUAAUCUGUGUGUGAGGCUAUUUGAAUUGUCUGGAGUGAAAAGGGGAGGGGUUUUCAGUUUGUGAUGGAAAGAAGUCCAAAUAAAGUUUUUUUUUAAGUAUU